CGGAGCCUCUCUAUAGGGCCCGCGUCUCGGUGUAGCACCAACCGCCGUAUCUUUCUUUUUUCUUUUUUUUUUUCUUUUUUUUUUUUUUUCCACCCCUCGUUCUUUAUACGGGACCAGAAAAAUCGGCACCCCGUGUCUUCGAUCUUUAUUCUUGUCGUCCCCUGCAAGUGCAAUUUUGUCAAUCGUGGUGGCUUCUCGACACGGAAUACUCCCAAGUCUUUGGCGAUACACCCGCUCCAGCUGAAGGGACGAAAAACCGCAUCACGCGUGGCCGACCGAUAUACGAGAGAGCCGAUACAUACCGCGCAUGGUUGGCCACGCGCUCGCCGAGCGUCAGCGAUCGAUCGAAUUUUUAGUGCGCCUCUCCUUGGAUUGUCCCCCACCGGCGUAGCAAUGAUCGUUAUGCGGAGCCUCGUGGUGAGCCUACUGGGCAUAACGGCGUGGCUGAGCUCGGCUGCGGAUGCCGGUAGCUGCGCCGAGUCCAAGCUCUGCUGUCCCGGCCGCGACUCGGCCUGCGUCGUUCAGAAGACCUCGCCGAACGCCAUCGUCCAGAGCCUCGGCGACAAGCCCUGCUACUGCGACCACGCGUGCCUCAAACUCGGCGACUGCUGCUCGGACUUCAAGGAGGCCUGUGGCGUGCUGGACUGCGUGGUGUCGAGCUGGGGCCCAUGGUCCGUCUGCGACAGCGAGUGCGGCCCCGGGGCCCAGACGAGGUCGAGGCUGGUCGAGCGGGAGCCGGAGAACGGCGGCAAACACUGUCCCCAGUUGAUGCAGCACCGGGGCUGUCAGGGUGCCAAGUGCCACAGGCGCAACCCCAAGUCGGCCCUCAAAGAAGUUGCUCUCCUCCUGCCGGCUGAGUUGAGCGGCGUGCGACACAUCAACGACAGCAACGACAUAAGGACGAAUCUCCGCUACCAGUACAGAGACGAUCCGGAACACGAUGCCUCGAAAGAGUACUGCGUGACGUUUACGGUGACAAAAGCCACGAAAGCUUGCUACAAGGAGCCGGGACUCUCGGACCUCGUGGAGGGUGCCCGAGUUUGCGUGCGCUGCCAGCUGCAGGCGGUGCGCCGAGUGCUCGACUGGCGGUGCGAGGGCGACGGUGGGGCCGAGGCUAUGAUCACCAGGUGGAGCAUGCUCAGCUCGCCCCACUGCCACGGCAAGUGGCUACGCACCAGGAAGACCGGCCCGGAGUGCGACGCCUCGCUCUGCCAGCCACGGCCGCACUUUAUCUUCGUCUGAGACUCUCUCUCUCUCUCUCUCUCUCUCUCGUGGAGCACGAAGCUAAGAAACUCGGUGGACCUGGGGGGUGAUGAUGGUGUCAUGUGACGUUGGCGAGAAGAGUCGGUUGAGUUUCGACGAAAGUUGUGGAUCAUUCGGACAAAAAUUGUGUCUUUGCACUGACGCGAAAUUCUCACGUGGUUUGUUUUUCCCUUUGCUUUCACGUACGCGAAUUAAAGAGAUUCUCUGUAUGGGGAAUCGUCGAUUAAUACGUAUACUCGAAUGGUCACCGAUCAUCGGUUCGUGUCAUUUCGAUGUGCAAAGGCUAUUAUUUCUUAUUUUAUUUUUAUAUCGUAUUUUUGUAUCAACACUGUAAAGAAUAUUACAUCUCAUUUAUCGCGGAUAUAGAUGUAGGAACAGUAUAGCAGCACCGUUACUUUAGAAAUUAUCGUAGACAAAUAUGAGUUAACGUUAUUAACAAUGAAUCCUUGUACUCAAAGUGUCUGAUGAAUUAAACAAAAACAAAAAUUUCGAAAAAGUACGAUUAUUUAAAAAAAUGCCACCUUGUGUUUAUCAGUGAAAAAAUUGAUUGUACGAUGUUUUGGUGAACAAUGAAGAUGAGAAAAACAGGAGAGCAAAAAAUUUACAUUUUUAUCCCACGUCCAUAUUUGUACGCGAUUGAGUUCACAUAUCAAAGAUCAUAUUUUAUAGGCGAUGAGCAAUAAAGAUUUAGAGCAUUUCGA